AUGAUGACGUCGCCUCGACAAGCGACCGCUGCGUCCGCUCGCUCCGAGCCGCCUCGUUGUCUCUGCCUUCCAGCAGACGGCCCGCGCACGAGCGCCGUCGCCUCGCCCACUGCCGUGAAGACCCCACAGAGCGACUCGCUCGACAUGCGCAGCCAGACGUGCGUCGAGUUUCUGCACAUUAUGAAGGAGUUCUCCGAGAGCUCAUGCGACGCAAACGAGACGGUCCAGCGCGUGGAUUCGCUCGUGAAUCAGGACGAGCAGCUGCUGCGCCUCUUCCCGCUGUCGCGCCUUAGUGGAGACGGAAAUGGACACGAGGCCGCGCAGAGGCAGCUCGAGCGACGCGGCCGUCGAGUGCUGGAGAAAUCGGUCGAGGCAGCAGCUGACGGUAUUACGGGCCGACCGGACCUGAAAGACACGGACGUCGAGAUGGACGGGACGCACGACGAGUUGCAGCGCUGGAUGGACCUGGACCUCGACGAGUUUGACUACCACGUCGACGUGUUUGACUUCCAGCACCCGCACCCGCAAGCUGCGCCAAAUGACGAGUGCGUCACGGCCUCAGCGCCAACAACGAUGCUGUCGACAGCGUCGAUGGCAUGGACGAAGCAGCAAAAUGGCCAUAAUGGUGGCAACGGUGGUAAUAGUGGAAGCAGCAGUUGCAGUCGUACUAGUAGUAGCAGCAUCCGUUGUAGCACUGAUGGUCGCAACGAAGGGUGGCUGCAAAAGCCAUUGCUGGAUGCAGCGACAAGCGCGACGAUCGACUUUGGCACUCAGGACACAGUGCAUGCGCCGCAAAAGCCACUGCAGGCGGCUAUGAACUACGUGCCACGUUGUGAAACGCCUGUUUAUGCUGCUGCUGCUGCUACUGCUGCCACCGCUACUGUUGCCCACGGAGAUGACGAGUGUGCGCCAAAUCUUGUACCUGACAAUGCUACGCUGUCGUCUGGUCCGGCUUGGAAACGUGCCAAGGUGUCAUUACUAGCUGGAUUACAGGGACCCAGGCGAGCAGUGUUGCCGCAUGCAAACAGCAAAGGUGGUCCACAUGACGAAAGACGAGCGGAUCAAGAUGAGGAUGGCAAUGUAUGGGGAAUGGAGAGCGACGGCUACGAGCAUGAUCUGCUCUCGUCUAUCGACCACGCUGUGCUGUGCGACCGCGAGAACAGGUUCUUGCAGUGGGACCUGGAAGUCGCGCAGCGCCAGCGUCAGCAAGAGCGGCGGAGGUUACAGGUCAACGAUCGAGUACCGCAUGCAUCCGCACCUGCUUAUUGCACUGGUCGAACUGCGGGCGACGUGACCACAUCGUCAAAGUCCAAUUCCAAGGAUGCCGUGGCAAUCCAGACCCAGCGCUCGCUCUGCCAGCCCAGGCCGAAAGUCAUAGCGUCGAGCCCGAUGAGCAGCAAGAGCCCGUCGAACGUUGACAUUGUCGAGGACUGGAACAGCUUGGACUUUGGUACUUUUCAGAAUCGCACCGUGAGCCAUAUUCUGAGCUCGUGCUUGCACAAGAGGAAGCUGUACCAUCCUUACAAGAAUCAGGUCCAGCUCGUGAACUUUAAUGUCCCGAGUGGCCGUGGUAGCACUUAUGUACACGGUACUGGACCGCAUGCGCACCAGCUGGGUGGAUCGCUAGCAACGAGUCUUGCUUUUGGCGGUCAGCAACACGGUGGCGAUGGCUUAGAUGGAUCAUCGAUAAGUGGCUUUGUGCCUCUGCUUGCUACUAGGCACGAGAACGGUCUGGGCAGCGGCAAAUUUUCUGGCAAGGGGGAAAAGAAGACACCGAAGAAGCGUGAGGAACGUAAGCGGCUAAUGACACUCAAAAUGCAAGAGACGUUUGCCGAUCUUGAAGGAACAUUUACGGAGCAAGAUCUUGAUGUCAAGGGAAUCGUCGGACCAGGCGCAUCGCUGUCGAAGAUGGCAUUGUCGAAGCUAGAGAAUCUACCGCUGCCGGACUUGACGAACCUUCCUCAGGAUCUGCGUGAGUUGAAACGAAAAAUUGAAGCUACCGAACACAAGGUGGAAGGCACGAAGCAUCGCCACCGCAAGGGCGGUCCAUGUCCACGUUGCCAGGUGCAGAAUCAGCUGCGUGCAGCGAAGCGUGCGUACCACAAGCGUGCUGUGGCGCACAAGAAGCUACCGCAUGCGGUAGUGAGUGCAGUCAAUGACGAGGCCCAAGAGGCCGCCAACGCACAGGCUGCUGCUGCUGCGACGCUAGAACUUGCGGGAAGCGUGACUGCAGCAAUCAAGGUUGCCGCUGGUGUGGACGCCAGGAAGGGAAGCAAUGCGUCUUCACUUGCUGCUGUUGACCCCGGGUUUGCUGCUAAGGCACGACCUGCAUUGACUGGAGUGGCGAGUCUGUCGACUGGGCUAUUGAAACCGAAGCAGGUUCCUAUGCCGUCUUGUGUGUCCCUGUCGCCUCCCGAUUCGUCUCGCGCGAUGUCUUUGGUGGCAAACACCGGAACAGUUGGGUCUGUCGUUCGAACUGCUGGAUCUGGUAGCGGCUCCUCGUCGUCGCUCUCAUGCAAUGGUGCCCCGCCUCUGUCUUCAUCGUCGUCUGCUGCAUCCAUGCACUCGCGGGCCCGAGGGUUAUGUGGAAAAGCACCACCGUCGGCCAUGCCAUUUCCGUCGCCAUCAUCGGCGUCCGUGUCACCAACGCUGGCAUCGAAGCCAUCGUCAUCUGAGAGCGCAUCACCUCUGCUGCAGCACGUGACGGUGUCCUCAGGCUAA